CACAUUUGAUUUCCUUCCCUCUCUCUGCCCGAAAAUCUUCCACCUCCCCUCGCCUCGAUCGACCCAGCGACCUCGUCGUCGUCACCGCCACCAACCAGUUCCCCCUCGCCGACGCAACCACCCCCCCGUGCGCCGAGAGCCCCGGAUCAGAUCCCCACCGCCCAGCCCAGCCCAGCGCUCGCCCAUUCUUGGAUCCCGUCCCGGGCCGCGCGGAGCCGGCUUGACGGGGUCCAGGCGACGGCGGUGCCCGCCCCCGCUCCCGCGGGCCAUUGCCGCUCCGCAUUGGGGCGCGCGCGCGGAGAUCUGAGGCCGGCCGGGGGCGGGGAUGGGGCACAGGUGGGCCCCGGGGAUCUGCGCGGUGGCGCUGCUCUGGCUCGCCGCGGCCGCCGCCGGAGAUCCCGAUCCCGACGAGCUCGAGCGCGCGUUUCCGAUUGUGGAGCCAGAUUAUGGCCACACUAAACUCCGUCUGUCAGAACAAGGUCUUGAGGCCAUUCGGAGGAUCGAAAAUCCUAUCGCUAUUGUUGGUGUCAUUGGUCCAUAUCGAUCUGGAAAGUCUUUCCUUCUGAACCAACUUCUCUCCUUAUCAUGUGAUAAAGGUUUUGGAGUUGGUCAUAUGCGGGAUACUAAAACUAAAGGUAUAUGGAUUUGGGGUAAACCUGUUGAGAUGGAUGUUGAUGGCACCAAAGUAUCUGUCCUUUAUCUCGACACAGAAGGAUUUGAGAGUGUUGGGAAGUCCAAUGUAUACGACGAUAGGAUAUUUGCUUUGGCGACAGUCUUAAGUUCUGUGCUUAUCUAUAACCUUCCUGAGACGGUGCGUGAAGCUGAUAUAUCGAGGCUCUCAUUUGCUGUUGAAAUAGCUGAAGAAUUCUAUGGAAGAGUGAAGGGAGAAGAGAUUGCUUUUGAGCCGGCAAAGCUUCUCUGGCUUAUCCAGAGGGAUUUCCUGCAAGGAAAAUCAGUUCAGCAAAUGGUCAAUGAAGCCCUCCAACGGGUGCCUAAUGAUAAUGGAAACAAAUAUAUUGACGAGGUCAAUCAAAUCAGAGAUUCGUUGGCAGUUAUGGGAAACAACAGCACUGCUUUUAGCUUGCCCCAGCCUCAUCUACAAAGAACAAAGCUAUGCGACAUGGAGGACAAAGAGCUUGAGCCGUUAUACGUUUCAAGGCGAGAGCAAUUGAAGCAGGUUGUUGGAUCCAUCAUUAAACCUAAAUUUGUGCAGGGAAAAACUCUGAAUGGAAAGGAAUUUGUGUCCUUUCUGCAGCAGAUACUUGAAGCUUUGAAUAAAGGAGAGAUUCCAUCAACGGGAUCUCUUGUUGAAAUUUUCAACAAGGCUAUUCUUGAACGCUGUCUGAAGGUAUAUAAGGAAAAACUUGAGGGCUUACGUCUACCUGUACCAGUAGAGAAACUGCAGCAAAUUCAUGAGGUGGCGAAUGGCGAAGCCAAAUUGCUGUUUGAUAAACAGCACUUUGGUAAGCAUCAUGCUGUACAGUCAAUCCUCAAGCUUGAAGAUGAGAUUACAAAGGUGUACAAAAACUUCCUUCUAGCUAAUGAGUAUCAAUCGUCCAAGCUUUGCGAAGCACGUUUCUCGGAAUGUGAAGAUCAAAUGGAUCACCUUCAAGUCUUGAAACUUCCUUCCAUGGCAAAGUUCAAUGCAGGUUUUUUUUACUGCAAUCGGACUUUUGUAAUGGAAUGUGUGGGGCCUGCGAAGGAAAGAUAUGAUCAUAGGAUGUCAAAGAUGCUCCUCAAAUCUCGUGCUCUUUUCAUCAAGGAGUACAAUAACAAGCUCUUCAAUUGGUUGGUGACCUUCGCUCUGGUCAUGGUCGUGCUUGGGCGCUUUGUGAUCAAGUUCUUUCUACUUGAAAUUGCUGCAUGGGUAAUGUUUAUCUUCCUGGAGACAUAUACAAGAAUGUUCUGGUCAGCAGAAUCGCUGUACUAUAAUCCAGCUUGGCACAUAAUCGUUUCAUCCUGGGAAACCAUCGUGUACAGUCCACUUCUCGAUCUGGACAGAUGGGCGAUCCCCAUAGCCUUGUUGCUAUUAUUUUGGCUUUUUUACUGGCGUUGCUUUGCUAGAAGGAAACGUGGCAGCCGCUCGGUGCUGCCACUGUACAAGAACUCUCACAAGAACUCGAGUCGCCCUAGAUCAGACUGAUCACAUACAUGGGUUUGUUUCAGCAAUGGAGGUACAAAAUAUCACCCCCGAAAAGAGAUAGAAGAACAAGAGGAUAGAAUUGUGUCUUUGAUACAUGUGGUUGGAUGGGCUUUCUUUUGACGACGGUCGCCGCAACCCCUGUGCUGCGUCUCUGGAGUCGUUUUGGCUGAUGAAGAGAUGGGAGUUCUGGCGUCUGGUGCUUGCGCUUAGCGUUUGUUGUAACAUGAAUAUGUUUAUGAGCUUUAUGUAGCCUAGGAUUUUCUUACGAGGCACGGCCUCAUUCAUUGUUUAUUGUUCGCUUUGCGAAGAAACCUCAUAUAUGAACUGGUUUUGUUAAGCCAUAGUGGGCAUAAUUUCUGAA